GAUCGGUGACAGAUUUGCAACAAAUCGCGUUCCGAAAAAAAAACGAAUUUUACGAACAAAAGUGAUUUCAAAGUGCGAUAUUUUAUGCAAAAUUUGUUCCGCUAGUGGCUGUGAAACAGGUGGACGUAAAAGUUUUCAGGAAGAAAAGGUUUUUCGUCGGAAUUUUGUGAAAACAAGAUCGUGACCACUUGUUGGAUUAGUUUUUUUUUUCUUGGGAAAAAGUGCAUCAAUGUGGUUGUGUGUUACUACAUAUAAUAUGCUUAUAUAUAAAGUUGAGGCAAUUUAGAAACGACAAAACUUAAAAAUCGAAGUAAAGUUUUCUAAAAUAUGCGUUUAGUCACGAAUAACUAAAAACCAUGGAGCCUGUUUUUAUCGAUGAACGGCAGGACAUACAGAAAAAGACAUUCACGAAAUGGAUCAACGGCUAUCUUGCCAAAUCGAACGCGGCUCCAAUCAAUGAUUUGUUCGAAGAUCUGCGAGAUGGGCACAAAUUGCUUUCCUUGUUGGAGGUGCUAACCAAUCGCACAUACAAACGCGAAAAAGGCUGCAUGCGAGUGCACCAGAUCAACAAUCUCAACAAAGCACUAACCGUGCUUCAGGAGUGCGGGGUUAAGCUAGUCAACAUAUCCAGUGAUGAUAUAAAUUCGGGAAAUGCAAAACUCACGCUGGGACUUAUAUGGCUGAUCGCGCUGAGCUUCGACGGUCAGAAGCUGGUCAAUUCCCAGGCCGUCAGUGGAAUCGAGAAAUCUCUACUAAACUGGGUACGGCAGUUCGUGGAAAAGCAUGGAAUAAAGGUUACAGAUUUUUCAUCCAGUUGGUCAGAUGGAACGGCAUUUCUGGCCAUUCUUGCUGAAGCCAUUGCAUCGUUUGAUUUGCAGGCAGCCCUCAAGAAGCAUCCGAUUGCCCGGCUUCGUAUGGCGUUUGAUUUGGCAUACCGAUACCUGGGCAUAGAACAGCUGCUCGACCCAGAAGACGUCAACACCAAUAAGCCGGAUAAGAAGUCCAUUCUGAUGUACGUAAUGUGUCUGUACAAUGCUAUCGAUUCGAAGAAGUUGGAACUCCAGGGUAGUGUUCAGCAUUUAGCACAGCAUGUUGAAAGUAUGGAAGAGAUUCAACUACUUUGCGAGAAAGAAAUUGAAGAUGACGAUACAGACGAGGACAGCAAAAACAACAACGGCUUGGCAAGAAGUGAAGAAACAAUUACGGAGAAUGAUGAAGAAAUGUCUUUGCCCCAUGCUGGUAAUUUGGCACAUCUGGAAGAGAUAUCACUAGCUCAGUCUAUUGAUGAUUUACGUAAUUUCAAUCGGGAGAAUAAAAUCAAAAUGUUGUCUCAAACGAAACCUAUUGUACAGAGAUUAGAGCAUGCGGAAGCUAUAGGUUCGAACCUUAAAACUGGUGACUUAGUUCCGAUACCUGAUAAAACCGAUUCUUUCUACUGGGAGCCAAAAUCUUCCCGUCCAGUUUCAACGGCUACGAAUUUCUCAGUAGAGUUUAGUGGCUACCAAACGGCUGUGGAGGAAGUGCUAACGAUGCUGUUGGAAGCUGAAGAAUUGUUUUCAAAAGAAAUGGACGAAGCUCAAAGUUUAGCUGAGACCAAGAAGCAGUUCCAUGACCAUGAACAAUUUAUGGAAAAGCUAUCUGAAUAUCAGACAUUUGUCUGCGGUGCACUCGAUGAAGGAUCAAGAUUAAUCAGUGAGUCGCAAGCCAAUCCUGGAUCCCACGGCUUAGAUCUAGAAGGGCAAAAUGAAAUCAAACAGCAAUUGUUUUUGUUGAACGAGCGAUGGGAAAUGCUGCGGGUGAAUGCCCUGGAGAGACAAUCAAAAAUUCAGAAAAAGCUGGCCUUUUUGCAAAUGGAAAAAAUCGACAAACUAAAGAACUUUUUGACUAUGAUCGAGGAUAGGAUCUCCCAUAUGUCGGACGUGGGCCCCACUCCAGUACAACUAAAAGCUCAGCUCGAGCAACACAAGGUUUUGAAGAACGAUAUGGAGGCACAGGAGAAUUUAGUAGAUAGCUUGAGUAACCUGGUUAUUAUUAUUGAUUCAGAUUGUUUCAGUGAUUUGGAGGAUAAGUUGUCAGCAUUAGAGGAACGGUGGUUGCAUCUUAUAAAGUGGAUAUCAAAUCGAUGGGAGAAGUUACAAAGUUUGAGUCUACGGUGGACUAAACUUUCAGAGCAAUACAGGAUCAUACGCCGUUGGAUAGAGUCACGGGAAUACAAUCUGAAGAAAAUGGAAAUGGACGAAACGGUUGAAAUGGGCGCUAUGAUGGACAGGAUAAAAUGCUUGCAAUAUUGCAAACAGGAUGUGCAAGCCCUUGGCGUAUGUUUGCAAGAGCUAGAAGCAUCAGCCCAGUCGUUGAACGACGAAGGAUACUCUACGUUGAAUAUUUUGCCAGAGGUGGAGCACUUGAAUGACAUGUGCGAUGCGUUAAAUCAAAUACUGGAAGCGCAAGAGGCACGAGUCGAGAACAUGGGAUUUCAAGUACCCAAGGUAACAUCUAGCAAUGAGCACUCAAAUUCGCUUAUCAAACCUAGUUCAUGGGAAGAUUUUCAAAUGAAAAUGUGUGAGGAGACUCUUCCCGCUGUAGAUAUUAUGGUGGACAAUCUGGACAGUUCAGAUUAUUUGCCGCAAUCGGAGAAAAAGCGCAAAAUUGAACAACCCGAAGCAGUAGUGCAACUAAAUGAGCUGAUGUAUGAUAUAAAAAGCUCUUUGGAUGAAUGUUUUGAUCACUUGCUCGAAUUUGAGAAAACUGACUUGAAAAAAAGGUUAUCAUUAUUAGAACAAGUUGAAGCGCUGCUUGAAAAGCGAAAGGAAGACCAUUGUAAUGCAAAGAAAAUAUUACAAAAAUGUCAAAAUCUUUCAAACGUUGAUCUAACUAUCGAAACCAAUCAACUAACUGAAAUGGGUGAUACGAUUGAUUCACUCAAAACAAAGUUAGAUGAACUUAGUGUCGAAUUGCAGCGUUUGGUUGUAAAGGAUAAAUUUAGUAGAAGCUUGACAGGUUUUAAAUUGGUUUUAGCAGAUACUCGUGAUUGGUACCAACAGAAUUCGGCCAUUGUAAAAACUGAAGAUCUCGAAAAGCGGCUGUCCGACAUGGACUCCUUCACAGAUGAAAUAGAAGAAAAUCGUCAAAUCACAUAUACAUACGUUGGGGAAGAUUGGGACGCUUGGAAGCAGGACAUGGAACUGUUUGUGGAAAGUUGGAACGACAUGAAGAACUCUAUCAAGCGUAUAAUAAUUGACAAAGGAGGCUUCCACGGGUUCAGUGAUCAAAUACAAUCUAUGCAGCAGCUGGUUGAUCAGAUUCAGCAACUACCAAUCGUUUAUUAUAAUCUCGAUGACAUGCAUCAGAACUUGGAUAACAUGCAUUCCAUCAAAACCGUUUACAAUCAUCAAGUAGAUGAUGGAUACGGAGAAGUGAAUGCUAAACUCAUGACCGAUAGCAAGUAUUCUCAGUUGGCAGCAUCGUGGUCAAAUGUUCCACAAUCCUUAAAUGAUUGUAUCAUCAAGCAGAAUAUUGCUAUUGAGAACUUGAAUCACUUCAACUCUGAAUAUGCAGAUGUUGUCAAUACACUGGAUAAAAUCGAGCAGAGCCUCAAGAACGAAAUGUUUAUCUUGGGAGAGAUCAAAUCACUGGAAAUUAAAAUCAAAGAAUAUGACCAAUACGCGACGGAUCUUAAAAAGGCUGAUAUUGACAUAAUUAGCAUAAAGAAUUUUGCUGAAAUAAUUGUUAAAAACUGUAAAGAUCAAUCUAAAAAUGCACUUGCGGCUUUGAUUGAUGUGGUGUGCGGAAGACAUGUAGCCAUCUCGAAACAGUACCGCGAAAAUCUGACUAAAUUGAAUCAAGUUAAAAGUACUACGGAAAACAUUCUCUCCAAGGUGCAUGAAACUGAACUAUGGCUGAAUGAUUUGGAAUUGAACACACCCAAAAGUUUAAACUCGGACAUCAAAAGCUUGAACGAGCUGUACCAAAUCAAGUCCAAGUUUCAUAUACUUAAAGAAACUUGUGAGCAGCAGACGCUAAAGUUUCGGGAGUUGAACGAGUCCGGGAACGAAGUGCUGCUGCAAAUCGAUGAACUUAUUCUUAACAAAACCGACAAUAAGGUAUCCUACCUGGCAAAAAAGUUCACCAAGCUAAACGCCCGUUGGAGCGAGGUCACCUCUCUGGUGUAUACGCGCACUGCCCUGCUCGAGCACAUCUCUAGCCAGAUGGGGGAGUUUAAGACGCUGAUCGUGGCCGAAACUGGCUACUUGGACAAGCUGGACAAACUGUUAAGAAAGAGUCCGGAAAAUGCUGCAGAUGCAGAGGAAAUUUCGGAAGAGCUCGAUGACAUUGAAAAUUACAUUCGCAAUCACCCCCAAGCAAGAUAUGAUAAAAUUAUAUCCAUUGGUAAAGAACUAUGCAAUUUGGAAUUCAUGGUGACAUCAAUUGAAGAAGACCUUCGUAGCGUGAGCGAUAGAUGGGAAAGCUUGAAGGUUCAGGCACAUCAACAAACUGUGAAAUUAGAACAAGCUGUCAAAGAAGCACAGUCGUCCGAAAGUCAAGUUUCGUGCUUGCAACAAUGGAUUUUUCGGGUGGACGGAAUUUUAAACGAUUUCAUUGAAAACGAUACAACUAUUGAGGACGUCCCGCAUGAUUUCCAAAAGCUACAAGAAGAGUUCAACCACCACGAAAAAGUGUUGGUCGAAAUGACCAAAAAAGUAGAUCAUUAUAAGAAGGAGGGCAAACUGGAAGCUGCCAACCGAUAUCAGGAUCAAGUAAAGCUGCUGCAGGAACAGUUCAAGGCUUGUCUUCAAAAGUUGAAUCGGCUGACAUCACCUCAAGCAAUGUUCGAAACGAAAUUAUCGCACGCCUUGGCAGAGCUUCGAAGUGUUGAAAAGAGUGCCGUAAUUUUAGAUACCUCGUCCGCUGGCCCGGCCCAUUUGCAAGAUCAAUUCCAACACUGCUUGAAGAUGUAUCGAGUCCUGUCGGAAGUGAAGGGUGAAAUUGAGCAGGUUAUUCGGACGGGUAGGAAGGUGUGCGACGACAAAACCACAAAAAACCCUACAAAGCUUAGCCAGCGUAUUGACACAUUGAAACAUUUGUACAACUCUCUUGGUGAAACGGUGACACAGUCAAAGAUAGUUUUGGAAAAUUUGUUGAAAAUCAUGCGAAACGUGGAGGAAAACUUGUCACACGUAGAAAACUGGAUCAACGCUAAUAGCGCUGUAAAACAGUCAUCGGAGGACGAAGAACAAGCGAUGCAGGAAAAACUGAAUGUCUGCAAUGAUCUUUAUGACGAAUACAAAAAGGUAUGCGAUCCGUUAUACCUGGAGGAUCUGCGAGCCCAGAUCACCGAUGCUGAAAAACGUUUCAGAGAAAUUAGAAAUUCGGAUGUGAAGAAGAAAUUAACUCAUAUGAAGAACACUUUGCAAAAUGUUGACUCAGUGGGAAUCGAUGUAUUGAGAUCUAUGGAACAGGAUCUAAAAACUGUAGAAACUCAUAGUGACGCAGAAGUUGAAGUACUGCUUGAGAAAGUGUCCCAGAUAUUACAGAGUCGCAUCGAGACGCCAAAUGCAAGUAAGUUGGGAGAAAAGAGUUUCAAGGUCGUCUCUCCAGGUGACCAGUCACCAUUGAGCCCGAUCGGGACAUAUCGAUACGAUUCGUACAAAAAGCUCACCUCUCUCGAGCAACGAGUGAAUGAAUUCGACAAAACGGCUAAAUAUAUGAUUAAAAAGUUAGAGCAAACGCGUGAGAAAAUCGACAACUGCGAAGAUGGGCCCAGUGUGGUGGAGAAUCUAAAAUUGACCAUUGCUCCAGAUGCUGCCACGCUUAUCUCCCAAGGAGAUACACUGAUUUUGGAAACACAUGGCAAGUCCAAUGUACUGACUCAACGUUUGAUGGAUACACAGGCGCAACUGCGGGAUAAAUUCAAGGAAGUUCAAAAUUCAAGAAACUAUUCUAAUAAAACAAUACAACAUCCAGUAAAUUUAAAUGAAAGCGAUUGUUCGAACCAUGAAUACUCGCAUCCGAAAGAUAUAGAUCUCGAAGAAAUAUCGUCCAAAGUGCUAAAGCGAAUUGGGGAUUUGCUGGCAAAACCUCUAAGCAAGGAUAAUGAAAUAGAGCUAACCAAACGCAUACUGGACAUCAAGGAGCGUCAAGAGGAAGUCAAGUUGGCUAUUGGCGUUGCAUCGCAGACGACGCCUUCAGAAAAGGUAUCGAAUACGAUGACCAAUCUCGAAAAGGGCAUGAGAGACUUAUCGGUCCAUUUUGAUGAAACCAUAGCGGCGUUAGUUUGUUUAAACAAAAGUGGAAGCCGAGAAGCAGCAAACAUGCUGAGUGAGCACGAGUCUUUGAAAAUUCUUGCAAUGCUGAAUGAAUCAUCUCCGUACAAAGGGAUAUCAGAUCAAUCGGAAACUGUUCAAAACGAUACCGUCCACGAUAUCAGUAGCAGCAGUAUCUCCAAUGUGAUUCGAAGUGCUCAAGUGCUAUUAACUACUCCGAUGGAUGAUAGCUCUAAAGAUAACUUGAAUAGAAGACUUGUGAUAGUACAGAAAAAACAAGAAGAGCUCGGGUUGAUUGCAGAAUCGCAAUCAAAUCUACAAAAUAUAGAAAACAUGGAUGUUUUGGAAAAAGUCACAAAGGAAUUGUCGAUGCAUUGCGAUGAAGUUGUUAAUGCACUAGCAGCAUUAAAUCGUAGUCGCAUUGACGAAUGUGGCGAAAGUUACUCCCAUAGUUUUGAAAGCCCAGCUAAUACAAGUGAUAAUCAAGAAAUGAAGGGGUACGUGCCAGGUUCAUUUGCAGCAAAGUCGCGUGCUAAGGUCGUGGCCACAGCUUUGACCAACAAUUUUGACAGAUCAGUUGCACAAAUUACUGAUUGGCUGGAAAUGGAACGAGAUGCUCAAGAAGCAUUGCAUUGUAGUUGGUGACAGCGGCAUGAUUUU